AUGAAUAAAGCAGUGGUUGUGUUCCUGAAAGAAGAGCCCCUUGUGUAUCAGCUGGUAGAGGGACCUAUUAGGGACCUAUUCGUGCAGGUCUCCCCGCUGUCGGUUCCCUCCACGCGGAUCACCGUGUCCGGUGUUCCGCCGUUUAUACCGAACGAGUUGUUAGAGAACGAGCUCCGUAGGUUUGGCAAGUUUGCCGGUGGAUUUAAAACGGUGAGUUUGGGAUGUAAGGAUCCCAAACUGAAGCACGUACAGUCUCUGAGACGGCAGGUGUUUAUGUUCCUGGACUCGCCGACACAAACACUCGAUGUAUCGUUCAGAGUGAAGCACGGUGAUGGGUUUUAUAUGGUGUACGCCAGCUCAGGGCAGUUCAAAUGUUUUGAGUGUGGAGAUGUGGGACAUAAACGCUUUGCGUGUCCACAUAGACAGCAGGGGGCGGCUCGCUCCGCUGAUGCGGCGGACGGCUCCGGUCGGUCCGCGGCUGGCGGGUCGGGUGCUGGGUCUGCGGUUGUCGGGUCCUGUGUUGAGUUUGCGGCUGGCGAGUCCGCGGCCGGCGAGUCUGCGGCCGGCGAGUCCGCGGCCGGCGGGUCUGCGGCUGGCGAGUCCGGUGCUGGUUCCGCGGCCGUGUCCGCGGCUGGUGAGUCCAGUGCUGGCGGGUCCAGUGCUGGCGCCGCGGUCGCGGAUGCGGGUGCGGAUCCCGGUGCUGUGAACGUGGCAGCCGGUGCCACUGGUUCGGUGCCACCGGUGCCUCAUUUUGAGGAGGUUGACUUGGAUAGUGAGGAACAGAGCGAGCCUAAGAAACAGCAGGCUCCUGUGGCUGCGGAGAACCUGAGCAGUUCUCAGUCUGCAGGCACUGAAGCAGCUUCCACAAGUUGUACAGGCAGAGAUCCCACUGUGAUCACCAAUGAAGGAAAGGGUAUGUUAAAUAGUCAGGCAUCCUGUGAAGGGGAGGACAUGGAGUAUGACUCUGAGAUAAAGGCAGCAAUUCAGGAGCUUGAAGUCAGUAUUAGGAACAUUGAAAAGGGGUCACAUAGGGUUUUGGAUCCCACCACGGGUCAUCGGCUGCAGGAGAAGAGAUUGGAGUUGAGCUCCCUCCUGCAGGAGAGAGUGAAGGGAGCUCUUGUCAGGUCUCGCUUCCUCCAGCUAAAGGAUAUGGAUGCCCCAAGCUCUUUCUUCUUCAAUCUGGAGAGAUCGGUGGCACAGAGGAAGCAGAUGACCUGCCUUAAGCUUCCUGGAGGCAGAGUGACUACCAGUCCGGGUGAGAUGAGGACCCAUGCGAUGGAUUUCUACGCUGACCUCUUUGGGGCAGAACAGUGCAGCAUGGAGUGCCGUGAGGAGCUCCUGGAGGGACUUCCUCAACUCAUCCCAGGAGAGAAAGCUGCUCUGGACUCUGAGCUGACUCGGGACGAGUUGACAGCCGCUGUCAAUCAGAUGGCAUCAGGGCGGGCACCAGGGAUUGAUGGUCUCUCCACUGACUUUUACAAGCGGACUCAAGCACUGCAAUCUGCCAGCCUGCGAGCCUGUCUUAGAGAGGCUAGCUGCACCAAGCUGGGCCAUCUGAUGACGAUGACGGCAACAUCUGUGGACGCCUUGAAAGAGAGAAGUAAUAUCACCUCCAUCAGGUUGAUCAGCAGAGUUGUGGAGGAAGUCUGUGCUGCCCUGCAACAACCUCUGAGAGAAUUUGCAAAGAACCGCACUUUGUGUGACCAGUGGAGCGAAGAGGGAGAGUACAGUUUCCCCGCUCUGUAUAUCACCCCAGUUGUGGGGGAGUGGCAGGAGGGAGGAGAGUGUGGUCCAGGGUUCUAUCGCUCCCUGCUCCAGGCGGGAGGCUGCAGUAAGUGUCCUCCCCACAGUUGGGCCAGGAAGUCCGGGGCCCGGGUCUGCAGCUGCGAGCCUGCAUACUACAAGAACCCUGCGGACCCCGCCAACAUGGCGUGCACACGUGAGUCCCAGAGAGGGCCUUUAGCAACAGGCUUUAAGGCGUUCUCGAGGUGUAAAACCCGCAGACGAGGGCCGGAACCAGUAUGUCGAAACCGCGGUAUCCCCUUGACCGCUUCAGAGCUGAGUGUUAACCAGACUCCCUCUGAAAAUAAUAAAAGGGAAGUACUCAGAAUAGGGUUCAUGAACAUAAGGACGCUUUCAUCGAAGGCGCUCUUGGUCCAUGAUUUAAUUAUUGAUAAAAAGAUCGACAUACUGGGGCUUUCUGAAACCUGGUUAAAACCAGAUGAGUUUCUAGCCUUAAACGAAGCUACUCCACCCCAUUACGUUAGCACCCAAGUAUCUAGAGAAGUUAAGAAAGGUGGUGGAGUAGCCCUGAUAUCUAAUUCUAAGCUUAAUUUAAAGCCGAAGAAUAGAUAUAUUUUCAGAUCCUUUGAGGUGCUAGCGCUCUGCACCUCAGCUCCUCGAGAAGCAAAACGAGUUCCAGACUCUUUUGUUUUAGCUGUAGUAUACCGUCCUCCAGGACCGUAUUCAGUUUUUCUGGAUGAGUUUUCUGACUUUGCAGCUGAUUUGGCUACAUAUUCAGACAAUAUUUUGCUUAUUGGGGAUUUCAACAUUCACGUGAAUAACCCGUCUGAUGCUCUCGCAAGGGCUUUUCUGUCCAUUACAGAUACGCUUGGCUUCAAACAGCUCGUCCAGCAACCAACCCACAUCGGUGGAAACACGUUGGAUCUCGUUCUGACCCGCGGUGUUGACAUUUCGCAGCUAGUGGUCUCUUCCUACACCUCAGCUUUAUCAGACCACUUUUUGCUCACUUUCCAGGUGGUGGUAUCCUGCCCCUGCGACGAUCAGCAAGCUACUUUCAGCUGUCGCCGCAUCACACCUGCAACCAUUACAGCUAUGGAAGAUAAGUUAUCUGGUUCACUUGCACCUCUCUGUAACUAUAGUGGUUCUGUGGAGUGCCUUACUGAUGACCUCAACAUUGCCUUGUCUGUUGCCAUUGAUUCAGUUGCUCCGUACGUAACUAAAAAACGAACAUUGAAAAAACCAACUCCUUGGUUUAAUGCAGAAACUCGCAUUUUGAAGCGAAAUUGCAGGAUCCUUGAACGCAAAUGGCGCUCGACUAAACUUGAGGUCUUUCAUCUUGCAUGGCAUAAUAGUCUGAUCACCUAUAAGGGUGCGCUGACUAUCGCCAGGAACGCCUACUUUUCUAGUAUCAUUAAUUUGAAUAGAAAUAAUCCUAAGUUUCUUUUUGACACGGUGAGGAGUCUCACUCAGAAACAGAAUCAGACCGUAGGCUCCUCGAUCUCGGCAGGUGAAUUCAUGGAUUUCUUUGAGAAUAAGAUUCAAUCAAUUAGAGAGGAAAUUGAUGCUUACCGGGCGGCUAAUCCUACACAUCCUGUGGGGCAGGAUGGGGUUCUGCCAAGUAGGAUGGUGAACUCUGACGCAACUCUUUUGGAGUUUAAGGCGAUUUCCUUGGUGGAACUUGAAAGGGUGAUAAAGGCCUCAAAGCCAACAACUUGUAUGUUGGAUCCGCUCCCUUCUAGGGUUCUUAAGGAACUUUUUCCAACGGUGGGGCCUGUUAUCCUCUUGCUUAUGAAUCUUUCGUUUUCAACAGGAAUUGUUCCUUCCAAUUUCAAGGCUGCGGUGUUAAAACCGCUACUCAAAAAGCCUGGCCUAGAUCCUGAAUUAGUCAGGAACUAUCGGCCUAUAUCGAAUCUGCCCUUCUUGUCUAAGGUACAGGAAAGGAUUGUAGCAAAGCAAAUUGUUGAUUAUUUGACAAGGAAUAAUCUCUUCGAACCUUUCCAGUCGGGGUUCAGGAAUUUCCACUCAACUGAAACUGCUAUUACAAGAGUUGUAAAUGACAUCCUUCUUGCUUUGGAUAAAAACACAAGCACAAUGCUUGUGAUGUUGGAUCUGAGCGCUGCGUUUGAUACGAUUGACCAUAGCACUCUUCUUCACCGUCUUGAACACUAUGUUGGUUUCGGGGGUACGGCUCUUGGUUGGCUUGAAUCGUACCUCACAGAUAGAACCCAAUUUGUGCUUCAUGAGGGUGCAGAAUCGAAGCAUUGUAAAUUGCGCUUUGGCGUACCACAAGGGUCGGUUCUUGGUCCAUUGCUUUUUGCAAUUUAUAUGCUUCCCCUCGGUGACGUUAUCCGCGGCUUCGGAAUUAGUUUCCAUUGCUAUGCGGAUGACACCCAGCUCUACAUUCCUGUAGAUUCCGGGGAUUCUGCCCAGAUUCAAAAGGUUGAGUCCUGUUUGGCUGCUGUGAAGGGCUGGAUGUCACAAAACUUCCUACAGCUUAAUACUGGGAAGACAGAGCUGAUGAUUAUCGGCUCGAAGCGGGACCGGGAAAAGUUUGAGGAUGUCUCUCUGUGGUUGGAUGGCUUUGCCAUCCCACAGAGUGCAUCCGUCAGAAAUCUUGGUGUCUUGUUUGACCCUCAACUAUGCUUUGAUCAGCAUAUAAGAAGUAUAACUAGAAUUGCCUUUUUCCAUCUGAGAAACAUUGCAAGAAUCAGAUCAAUGUUAUCUGUAGUGGAUGCAGAGACACUGAUUCAUGCGUUUGUCUCGUCAAGACUGGACUAUUGCAAUGCACUGUUCUCGGGAUUACCGAACUCUACUACAAAGAGUCUACAGCUGGUACACAAUGCGGCAGCUAGAUUGCAGACCAGAACGAGAAAGUUUGAUCAUAUUACACCUAUUCUCGCCUCUUUACAUUGGCUACCAAUAACUUUCAGAUCAGACUUUAAGGUGCUAUUGCUAACCUAUAAAGCCUUGCAUGGACUAUCUCCAUUGUACCUGAAGGACCUGAUUAUUCCUUAUAGUCCUUCUCGGUCUCUCCGGUCUUCGGGAGCCGGCCUUCUUUCAUUGCCGAAGGUUAAAAAGAAAUCGGCUGGACAGAGAGCAUUUGCCUAUCGAGCCCCCUUUUUAUGGAAUAGGCUGCCAUCAGCGAUCAGGGAAGCUGACUCUGUGGAGCUAUUCAAAGGGAAGCUCAAAACUCACCUCUACAAUCUUGCAUUUGGAGUGUGAAAACAACAGAUGCGUAGUGAAGACUACUCUGUUUGCUUGUGCUUUUCUUAUUACAUUAUACAUUCCCACUAUGUACUUUUCCGUUCUAAUUCACUAUUCUGUCAGUUGUAGCGUGCUGCGGGUGCUGGACUGGAUGCCUGGACUCUCCUCAUGGAUAACCGGCCAGAACCCCAUCACCAUUUUAAUAUGAUGUACAUGUAUUUACCUGUAUGCCAUUUGUGGCACCCAUUGCACUCCUGACCAUCCCUGGAAGAAGGGAUCCCCUACACUGCGUUUCUUCUCAAGAUUUCUUCCUUGCUGAUUCAAGGGAGUUUUUUCUUGCCCGUGUGGGGGCAUGGGUAAAGGGGGGUGUCACAAAUAUUUGGCCUGUUAAGCCCUUUGAGACUGUAAUGGUGAUUAAGGGCUAUACAAAUAAAAUUGAAUUGAAUUGAAUUGAAUUGAAUUGAA